AUGAAAUCGGUCGUGAUUUUAGCAAAUUUGGCCUGUCUGCUGUUGCUUGUUACCCCAUCCACAUUGGCUGCCAAUAACAUUCAUGGAUAUAUCGUUAUCCAAAUGGUAGAAUAUGUGAACCCGGGUGGUGUCGUUCAAAAUGGUCAAAACUGUGAUUUUUUUAACGAUCCAUGCGAAUAUCUAUUCCGAUUUUGCUUAUCCGAGAAUAAUUUUGAUUCACAAACGUGCAAAUAUGGUUACUUACAAACCCAAUACUUUGUUGGAGUUCAAAACAUAAAAUUCAGCAUUGGCCAACAGGUAGCUUCCACUGGUUUAAGGAAUCCUUUCGCUGGACCAUUUAAGGCUCGAUGGCCGGGUCGAUUUACGCUUUUCGUUAAUGUUGACGAAGACGAUAGUGUAUUUACCCAACAAACUGAACCUGUUGACUCUAUGCAACAAUCAUUUCAUAUAUUAGCCAAUCAAACAGCGACAACUUAUACUUUAGUUGGCACUCGAACAGCAGCAACACCAAGCAGAUUGACUAUUAAAAUGCAUAUACAAUGUAAAUCUCCCUACUCAGGGAACUAUUGUGAAUUAGAUAAUAACCAAUGCCAAAACUCACCUUGCCUUAAUAACGGAAUCUGUAGUGAUCUUGGACAAGGCUCAUAUUCAUGUAUUUGUCCUUCCGAUUACACAGGAAAUAACUGCCAGACAGCUAUUCCCACCAAUCCAUGUGUAAGUCAUCCUUGCCAAAAUGGUGGAUCAUGUAACUCUUUUGGCUCACAGUAUUUGUGCAACUGUCCUAGACAUUAUACUGGUCAACACUGUGAAAUUGAUAUUGGUUUUUGUAUAUCAAAUCCUUGCGGUGGAAAUGGAACUUGCACUGAAUUGCUUAACGGAUAUCGAUGUACCUGUCCACGAGAUCUUACUGGGCCUUUCUGUAAUACAUCUUUAGCACCCAGUCCUUGUGCCGAUCGUGUCUGCCAUAAUGGGGGCUCUUGCGUCAUUGAUAGUGCAACCACAAGCCACUGCAAUUGCAAAGCAGGUUAUUCUGGCUCCAGUUGUCAAACAGAUAUCUCCAACUUAUGCACUCCAAGCCCAUGUCAUGGAAAUGCUACAUGUUCUGUUGUUGGUUUCAAAGCAUCUUGUGCAUGUCCACCCCAAUGGACAGGAAAAUUAUGUGCUCAAGAUUUAAACUUCUGUAGGCAUAAUCCAUGCGGUAGUAGAGGUAAUUGCACCAAUAAUGGUGCCGACAAUUUCCUUUGCACCUGCAAAACGGACUACACAGGAAUCAAAUGUCAAACAAAACUGGAUCCUUGCUUUACUGUAAGCUGCCUUCAUGGAGGAAAAUGCCAUGUGAAUGGUCAGUCAUCAUAUUAUUGUGCCUGUCUGAAAGGUUUUACCGGCAAGAAGUGUGAAUCUGAUAUUAAUGAAUGUCUUAAUGGAAAUCCUUGCCCUACAACCAAUGCAACUUGCUAUAACAUAUUUGGUGGUUUUAGAUGUUCAUGUCCAUCGCAAUGGACGGGAAAAUAUUGUAAUCAAAAUUUAAAUUCAUGUGCCAAUAGGCCAUGUAGACAUGGUGGCACUUGCACAGACACUCAGCCCAAUCAAUACACUUGUACUUGCAUUGCUGGGCUAACCGGUAGUAAUUGUCAAUCAGAUAUUAGCGAAUGCGCUAGUUCUCCUUGCUUCGGAAAUGCAACUUGUAUUGACGGCUUGGGUAAUUAUACCUGUCGUUGCCAAUCUGGAUUUACUGGAGCGACCUGUAGCACUCCAAUCAAUUCAUGCACGGCAAAGCCAUGCUUUAAUGGCGCAACAUGCCGAAAUCAAGGAAACAGCUAUGUCUGUACUUGUAAACCUGGAUACACUGGAAAAUCUUGCGAAACUAUGAUUAAAGCUUGCAAUAAUUCUCCAUGCACGAAUGGAGGGUCAUGUACCAAUACAGGGCCAAAUGCCUAUUCAUGCAAAUGUUCAGCUGGAUUUACAGGAUACAACUGCCAGUCAGAUAUUAACGAAUGUAGUAGCUCUCCAUGCCCAAUCAAUGCCAUGUGUUUAGAUGGUGUAAAUCAUUACACAUGCAAAUGCAGACCCGGGUAUACCGGAGUAACAUGUCAAACCAAAAUUACAAAUUGCCGAGAUAAGCCAUGCCUCAAUGGUGCAUCUUGCCAAAAUAUAACUGGAGGAUAUCUAUGCCGCUGUGUACCUGGAUACACAGGAUCACAUUGUGAAAUAAAUAUUAAUGAAUGUGCCUCUACGCCAUGUCAACAUGGAGGUACUUGCGUUGAUGGAAUCAAUAAGUAUAAGUGCAGUUGCACAGCUCCUUACGUUGGCAAUAAUUGUGAAACAGCUGUAAACACUGGAUGUACGGAUGCUAAUAAUAAUAAUUUUACGGAUAAGCAAUCCUUCAGAGAAAAAUGUAACAAUUGCUUGUGCUCAAUUACCAAUAUUGUAUGCACUCAGGUUUGGUGUGGACCUACUUAUUGUCUCACUAAUUCACCUAAUCAUCAUCAAUGUCCCGACAAUACAUUUUGCUCUAAAUAUGGCCCUGAUUUUUGUAUACGACCACCAUGUCAAAGUGGAGUAGGGGCAUGUAACGCAACGAAAUGGGGAACUAAUUGCUUAGUAAAAUCAAUUACAUCCCCAUUACCAGGUGGCUGCUACCGUAGCUUAGUCUAUGUUGAUCCUAAGAAAUUAAUUAUGGGAGCCACAGCUGCAGACAUUUGUGAUCAUGUUCGUAACUUAUCGAUAAUUGCUCCGACUGCUGGAACAAAUCAACUGUAUAUCGAUUGUGCAGUUGUUGGGCAAAUUAACUCGAAACCGGUUUUUGCAAUAGUUAUGAAAAGUUCAUACCCUGGCCUAGCCAGUGCAGUUAUGAAUGCUUUAGUUGCUUACCUUAAGAAGAAUCCUACAGCUGCAUUCCUCUCUGCGCUAACUGUACCGAAAACGCCUAUUUCUGUAACUGCAAUUCAAGAUACUAGAAGUGCAUCACCAGUUGUACCUAUAGUUGCUUCAAUAUCUGCAGUAGUUGCUGUUGCCAUCAUAGUUGGUUUAGUUUACCUUCGUUAUCGACGUGGAUCCCCAGUUAUUGUAGCACGUACGCUUCGAAAAUUUCAUUUUAAAAGAGGAAAUACUGGCGAAGAUGAUGAUGCCCGAAUGAUAUCCUCAGAGAUACGAGAGGAAGUUACUUUUGAUGGUCGAAACCAGCGCUAUGAGAGUCCCGUUUUUUAUGAAGCUGAUGUAGACAGCAAAUCGACAACUAAGAUCGAUAAUGUUGCUCGCGUCAAUAGUGCAUUAUAA